AUCCUUAACACCAUCAUCACAAUAAUACUAACACCCACUACUACGACAAAAAAAAUGUCGUUAUUUUUGGCUAAAAGUACACGCGUUUCCAUCAUAAUUCGUUAAUAUUUUCAAUGUCAAUUAUUGUUGUUAUUGUCAACGAAAACUAGUGCAAAACGCUCACAGAAUCAACAAUCCAGAAAGAAUUCUAAAUCCACAAUAAUAAUAAUGUUGAAAAAUGUGCAAGAAAAUUUGGCCAUUUUUGAUGAGAAAUUAUCCUAUCAAUGUUAUCGUCUUGGUCAACGUACAUUGAAUAUUAAAAAACGUUAUCUACAAUCAUUAGAAUAUUCAUGUCAUGGUAUACCAUGGUUGUCGUUGAUAACAUUAUUCACAUUUACCAGUUCGGAUAAUGAUUUUUGGCUUGAUUUACUGAUUGGUCUAUUGAUCGACAUUGUUUAUAUUGCAUUGGCUAAAGCUAGUUGCCGUCGACGACGGCCACAAUAUGCACCACAAGCUGAUAAUACAUGGAUUACGGUGGAUAAAUUAUCAUUUCCAUCUGGCCAUGCAUCACGAUCUAUUUAUGUGGCAUUAAUUCUAUCGAAUCGAUUCUCCUAUCUGUCCAUCAUAUUAUGGCCAUGGGCAUUAGCAGUAACCAUUUCACGUGUAUUAUAUGGUCGUCAUUUUAUUGGCGAUAUAUUAGCCGGCACUAUUAUCGGUUAUUUUAACUAUGUUACCAGAAAUUUUCCCAUACAACAAUUUAUCAAAUGGUUUCUAGUGACCAUGGUCUAUGAAACCAUCAAUGAUAAUUAUUAACAAAAUGAAAAUGUAAAUGUUUUAAAUGCAAACAUGACAUAUACAAUAGUAAGAAGAAAAUAAUUUUCAACAAUUCAAUGAUUGAUGAAUUUGAAUAUGAAAGAAUAAAAAAAAAACAAAAUGCUUGUUUCUCUAUCUCAUCAUCAUCAUCAUCAUAAAUUUCUUUUAAUAAAUCGGAAAUCGUUUGUUUUUCCAUAUUUUAUCUCGGAAAAUUUUUUUUUCUUU